AUGUCGCCGCAAAUAAUCCCAGCAAGAGACAGAGUCAUAGAUUUUGGAAAAUACAAAGGCAAGAUGCUAGGAAGCCUCCCGUCCAGCUACCUCAAAUGGGUCUCGAAGAAUUUGCGCGCACGCGACUUCGAGGAGUGGGCAAAGUUAGCAGACCAAGUUCUGCAAGACCCAACUUACAAAGACCGAAUCGAGUGGGAGUUCGCAGAGAAUGUGUUGAACGGUAAUCGAUCCAGGGCCGUGUCUUCUCCGAGAGACGGUGACAUCAGUCCUGUUUCCGAACUGUUAGAGAUAAGCGAGAGGUUCGGUUGGGACAACAAUGACAAGGCCGGUUGGGGCAAAAUCAACUUCGAGCUUCUUGGAACGUCCAAGGGUGGUAGAAUUCCGAGAAUAGAGAGAAAGGAAGAGGGAGGCGAUGAGACGAUGAUGAAACAGAGAGAGCGAAGGUUGGAGGUUCAAUCGGAAGUCGCAGAGAGGAGGAAGGAGAGAAGAGAGAGGCAGAAGAAGAAGACGAAGACAAGGGAGGAGGGUCGAAUUCCGAGAGUGUGGCAGGAAACUGAGAGAAGUAACACGGCAAUGAAGGAAGAGAAGAGAGCUAGCUUUGUAAAUGGAAUCGACGGUGAUAGUGACGGCGACGGCGUAAUAUAUCGGUCCCAGAUAGAGACGGAGCGCAACGGCAAUCCUUUCCCUGGACGAGAAGCCCUUCUGAGGAAGGUGGCAAACGGCCGACGAUUUACUCCCUAACUCGCGAAGUCGAAAAUUCGUAAUUUUCCGGUUAGCUUUAGUGGCCUGUAGGGCAUGUGCGGUAAAAGGAACUGGUUAGCAUGAAAAGUGCAAGGAAACAGAAAGGAAUGAAACAGAAAAUUUCUUAGUGG